UGUCAAGUGUCAAAGUCAAAAUCCUAGAAAUUGCAGGUUAUGUUUUGAUCGGGAAAUUUUUGAAUUGGAAUAAUAUUUAUAAAUAAAAACUGCGGUCGAGAUGAACUUUUUAAGGAAAGGCAUUUCUCUCCUUUCCCUUGGUAUAAGAACACAAUGCAGCACUUAUCAAGCAAUAACUCAGGCCGCCACAACAGCCAGUCAGCCAGCAGUAAGCCAAGGUUUAAUCUCGAGGGCCAUGGCGUCCCUCGCGCAAAUGCACAAGACGGGACCUCACAUCAAAUAUAGGAAAUCUAGAAACCCUCUGCUAGGAAAUCCUUUUGCCAAGGGUGUAGUACUAAAGACGCUAAUAAAGAAGCCAAAGAAGCCGAACUCAGCGAACCGCAAGUGUGUGCUCGUGCGCCUCUCGAACGGCAAAGAGAUGGUCGCGUACGUGCCCGGCAUUGGGCACAACUUGCAGGAGCAUAACAUCGUGCUCGUUAGGGUUGGACGUGUAAAAGAUUGUCCCGGAGUGAAACUAAAGUGCGUGCGCGGGAAGUACGAUCUGCCGCACGUGAUCAAGCAGAAGGUGUAAUGUAGUUGUCUAGUUUUGUAUGUAGUUCAAUAUAUUAGUUUAAGAUUA